AUGACACCUAUCAUUAAAUUUAAAUAUAAAUUAAAUUUAAAUAAAUCUUCAUUAAAUGCUAACAUUUACAACAAUAAUGGUCUUCACGAACAAGAGGAAAUACAAUCAACAUCUAGAAAACCUAUACAAGACUGUUUAAAUGUUGAUGAUGAAAUAUUAAUUAGUAUAAGUAGCGUAUCUGCUAGUUUUAAUGUGAAAUCACAUUUAAAUCUCAGAUAUUUAGCACUGCAUGGCCAUAAUGUGGAGUAUAAACGUGAAAAAGCGAAACUUGUAAUGAAGUUGCGUAAGCCAAGUGCUACAGCAAUUAUAUGGUCAAGUGGUAAAAUAGUUUGUAUAGGUUCAGCGUCUGAACAUGAUUCAAAAAUAGCUUCAAAACGUAUUGCUCGAAUUAUUCAAAGGCUGGGAUAUAGUGAUGCAAUAUUUAGUAGUUUCAAAAUUAUCAAUGUUCUCGGCGCAUGUAGUUUACCAUUUUCCAUCAGAAUUAUACAAUUUUGCGAAAAACAUAAGCUAAAUUCUCAGUAUGAACCUGAGUUGAAUCCUGGCGUGACGUACAGAAUUAAGGAAUUCAAAGCUACAUUACAAAUAUAUUCUACUGGUAGCAUUACUGUAAAUGCUCCGAGUGAAGCAAUAAUUCAACUUGCCAUUGAACACAUAUAUCCUUUAGUUUUACCAUUUAAGAACAAAAUACCGGAAUAUUGGAAUCUUGGCCAUUUUCCCAUAAAUCGUCCAGUCGGAGAAUUAGUGAUUAAACGUUGGCAAUUGAACUCUUUGGCACCUAUAUUAGAAAAAAAAGGAUAUACAUGA